AUGGCAUCUGACAGCUUCCUAUCCCUGAAGGUCUCUGAUCUGGAGAUCCUGUUGUACAAGAAUGCUGAGACUUGGUUUACCAAGAUGCAAGCAGUCCUUGAUGGGAAGGAGAUCUGGUACCCAGUUCAAGACAUCUACCUGAUCCGCCAGGGCUUAGACCCAUUACCUGAUGUUGAUAAAGAUGAUGACUUCUUCCUACCUCCACGAGCUUUGUUGUCCCCUGCCCUGCGAAGAACCAUACCUACCUCAACCCCAGAACCAUCAAUCGAGACAAGUGCCACAACCGAAGUUGAAAAGAUUUGA